GCAUCACUGACCUCCAGCUAGCUUUGUGAGGCAUUUAGCAACAGUGUACAAUUGCUUCACAGGGGAAAACAUCUCAGCGUUGUUCUAGCUCAGAGCCCACGCACCUUAAAGGAAAGCAACUGCUCAUUUGAAGAUUUGCAUUUCCAUGAGUCAGGAUUCAUGAGCAUGGAAGCUAACAGGAAAACCAGAGUACAGUGCCUGACAGAUUCAAAAAGCAUAAAGAAAACUAUGCCAAAAAAUAGGUCUUGUCCAAACAUACUUGCAGAAAUGAAUCUGGAAAUACAUCCAAAAGAAAAUGAGAGAAAGAGUGUUCUCACUAAUGCACAUUGUUCUGACAAAAAUUUCACAGGGGAGGAUCAGGCUGACUUCAACUCAUGCUCUAAGCUAUACGAAAAGGAAGAUGAUUAUGAGACAAUAAAUUCUUCCACUCUGGAACCCAUCCAUGCUUUGAGAAUCCUUCCUCCCAAACCUCUACAGGAAUCUGAAUAUGCAGACAAACGUUAUCUGAUGCCUUCAGGUAUCACUUCCGAGAUGAGCAGCCAGCACCCAUCUCAGUCACCUCAAUACUUGGCUAAAUGCACGUCUGCUCUAGAGGGGAGGAGCAUGCUGACUAUUAGAGAAGAAAGAUGGAAAAUACAUGGACCCCAGCCUUUGCCUCCUCCACGGCCACUGAAGACACUGCCAAAGCAAUAUCAACCACUUCCUCCAGAGCCGAAGAUAAGCAGCCAGGUCUCCCACACCAGGAAACCGCUCAGCCAAGCACAUACCUUUCCAAUAUCAGCAAAGCUCACAAGGCAUAUCUCUCUUAGGGAACUGAAUGAAGAAUCUGGAAGAGAAAAAGAUUUGAUGAAGAAACUUGAAAUGACUUUACAGGCACAACAGUACAAAAUAAAGCAUCUUCCUGAAUCCAGCUUCCGGUAUAUACAGAGCUCCAAGAAUGUUUGCAGCUCAGGGCCCACAUUAAAUGUGGAGGAUGUGUCAGUGAAGAGGUCACCAUCUCCUAUACAGUGCACAUCAUCUGAAAACAAACCGUUCAAAAAACAUACACUUGUAAAACGGGAAAUGAAAUCUCUUACCCAGCCCAUUGAAAAGGACUUAAACAAAUACGAAUGGUACAUUGGAGAAUACGAUCGCCAUGAAGCAGAGGUGGCACUGUUACAGGAGAACACCGAUGAGACUUUCUUGGUUAGAGACUGUUCAAAGAAAUCACACACUGAACCAUAUGUUUUGGUUGUCUAUUAUGGAAGAAGAGUAUACAACAUUAAAGUACGUUUUCUAGAAGACAGCCAACAGUAUGCACUGGGAACAGGGCUCAGAGGAGAUGAUAAAUUUAAUUCUGUGAAAGAAAUCAUUGACUUCUACAAAUACGUUCCCAUCACACUCAUCGAUGGAAAGGAUAAGGCAGGAAUCCAGAGAGAACAAUGCUACCUUACAUAUCCAUUCAAGUUACGCAAAUGAUAUUUUCUGCCUCAACAUCACCCACUGCUGUAUACAUGUAAAUAGAAUAAUUAUUUACAUAUGUCAAAAAACAGAUUAGCCUGUGAGUAA